AUGGGCGUGAUCCCCAGACGCCUGCGCAAGCAUGUUAGGACUACUCUUAUUACCGCCAUCCUUCUGAUAACCCUUUUCGACGUCGUCGGCUACCAUCGCCUAAGCAUAGAUACAACGGCCAAUAAUAGAGAAGCAGGGGCCGGGACGCAAAAGAUAUUUAUUGCAAGCAUACAUUGGAAUAACGAAGCUGUUCUCCGAGGAUACUGGAAUACGGCGGUCCUUGCACUGGCCAAACAAUUUGGGGUCGAGAAUGUAUACAUCUCAGUGUACGAGAGCGGGAGUUGGGACGACUCCAAGGGGGCACUGCGCGAACUUGACCAACAGCUGGACAAACUGGGAGUGAACCGGACGGUUGUUCUCGACAAGACGACGCAUCAGGAUGAAAUAUCCCAGCAACCGGGGCCGUCAGGAUGGAUUGAUACGCCCAGAUAUAUGCGUGAAUUAAGGCGGAUUCCUUACCUAUCUCGACUGCGGAACUUGUCCUUGUCACCUUUGGAAACACUGCGACAAUCCGGCGUGGUGUUUGACAAGAUUUUGUUUCUUAAUGAUGUCGUGUUCGAGGUAGAUGACGUGCUGGCUCUACUCGCCACAAACGGCGGCAACUAUGCUGCUGCUUGCUCUCUGGAUUUUGCCCGACCUCCUCAAUAUUACGAUACAUUUGCAUUGAGAGACUUGGAAGGGCACGAAACCAUCAUGCAAACCUGGCCUUACUUCCGUUCAUGGAGAUCACGAAGUGCUAUCAAGCAGAACAAACCAGUUCCGGUGACGAGUUGUUGGAAUGGGAUGGUCUCCAUGGAUGCCGGACCAUUCUACGGUAGCACUGGCAUGACCACCAGCUCGCUUCAAUUCCGUGGGAUUGCCGACAGCCUUGCUCAAACCCACCUUGAAGCUUCCGAAUGCUGCCUCAUUCAUCAAGACAAUCCAAUCUCGGCGAUAAAGGGCGUUUGGUUGAACCCGAAUGUUCGGGUUGGGUAUAACAAACCUGCAUAUGAUCUGGUUAACUCGGCAACCCACAGGAUGUCGCUAUUGGGAUAUCUGCGGGCGUCUUGGGAAAAUAGACUCCGUCGCUGGUUCACCUCGGAUUGGUUGAAGAAGUGGGUGGUGCGCAAACGCCUUCAAAGUUGGGAACACACCGGUGUGGAUAGAUCGGAGAGAGGUGUUGACUGCCUGAUCAACGAAAUGCAGGUCUUGAUAUCAAAUGGCUGGAAGCAUUUAUAG